AUGUCACUCAAACUUCCAGGCUUCGGGCUUCCCCUUGAUGGUCUGUCUACUUGGACACGGCCUGAGCCCAAGAAAAUUGUCGAAAAUAACCGAUUUCCCCAUGCUAUCGCCGACUUCUUUGCUACCGCGGGCGUUGCUUUGCGGGAACAGCGCAUGCUCGGCAUGAUAAACCUCAUUACUGACAAGCCAAGGUGGUGGGAGAAGAUCCAGGACGAAGAGAUUGUUGCCAAGUGGAGGGAUGAGGCCUGCGGGAACGAAGAGCAGCAGCGAACAUCGGCUCAGCAUUUGGAUUUGGAGUCCUUUAUAUAUUGUAUGGACGAGCUAUAUGAAAAGGCUGCGUACUUCGAGAAGCACAGUUUGGUUCACGUUUUGGACGCCGACGCCACCAUCGUCAAAAAGGAUCUCCCCGCGAAUGACUAUUUCUGGAAGGCUCUCAAAUCAGCUGUCUUUGUGCUCGAAGAUGUUCCCGAUCGUGUGAAAGAUUGGCAUCCAGGUACCGAUGGAAAAGUGCUGGAUCUGCUUCAUCCUUCCAUGUUCCCACUCCAAUAUGGCAAGUCCCGAGUACUUGCGGACCGCAUCGUAUCCCGAGAGACAUGUUGCCAAUACAUCGGUAUGGGUGAGAUAUGUCCAAUGCCUGAAGUACUCAAGAGCGACGAGUCAUUCGAGAGGGAAGUUUCGUGGGGGCAUAAAUCUGCACCCAUGAAGCCAUGGGGUUCUUACCAAUGGCUACCAUCCGAGGUGUCUUUUCGUGAAGGGAAAGCUCACAUCGAAAGCUAUGUCAACAAUCUCCAUCCGCAAGACCAUCCUGAGUUAUACGAAGUCCUUGAGGCCGCUGUUGACAAAGCUGUUCCGAUGUGGAACGAAUGUCUUUCUUGGUUUCACGAGCGACUCCGCAUCUCGCCAACCGAGAUGGGUUGGCGCUGCUACGAAGGUCCAACAUAUCCCGGCUAUCCCGUCGAGGAGCCUGAUGAAGGUGAGGACCAUGAUGAUCAACCAGACACAGAUUGGGACCGGCAGAAUCAUUUCGAAGAGUGGCUGAGGCACAACCCCGAUGAAAGGGUUUUGGUACACCCAACGGCUGAGAAAUUUAUCACGUUCGAAGAACGAGCAAAAGCUGCGGGAGUCCACCGCAUUGAUGUCUUGACCGAAUUCCCCGAGGGUCUCCAGGUCAUUUUCAAACUCGCGACUGUCCAUCUCACUCCAGACGAUCCAACAUACGGAGGAAGUAGUUGGCACGUAGAAGGAUGCUUGAAUGAGCAUAUUGCCGCCACUGCGCUAUUCUAUUAUGACUCGGAAAACAUCACGGAUAACCAUCUCCAAUUCAGACAGCACAUCGACGCAGAGCAAAUGGUAAUGAUGCCUGCACAAUACGAGUAUGCGGCAGUGGAGGAUGCCUACGGUAUCGCAGAUGGGGACAGCGCUGUUCAAGAACUCGGUAAAGUCCUCACCAAGCCCGGUCGUCUUCUUGCUUUCCCGAACGUUCUCCAGCAUAGGGUUGGAGAAUUUGAGCUCGACGACCCGACGAAGCCUGGCCACCGCAAGAUACUGGCAAUGUUCUUGAUAGAUCCGAACAUCAAGAUCCUGUCCACAGCGAAUGUCCCACCGCAGCGUCGGGAUUGGUGGGCUCGAGAAGUUCGGAAAGUGCCAGAAUUCRCUGCACUACCAGUGGAGCUUUUCGAUGCGAUAAUUGAGUCUGUCGAGGACUUUCCUAUCUCAUGGGACGCGGCGUGUGAUGCGAGAGAGAUUCUGAUGGAGGAGAGAGGCAGGGUUGGUGAUACKUAUGACGAAAUGCUCAGAGAAGACACCUUUUUCUUCUGCGAACAUUAG